UCACGAGAGUUGGCAGGAACAGUCUCGGUCGCCGAAGAGAUGAGGAGAGUAGCGGGCUCGAUGGACUACCAGGCCGAGCCCCGCGCCGAUUACUUCCAACGCAGCAAGCCGUUCUGGAUGGUGGCGAUCCUGGCCGGAAUGAGCUACUACGGGUGGGCAGUCUUGUCACCCUCAACAAUCCCCUAUGACUAUCUGGGACCAUUAGGCACCUUCACUAAAUAUUUGGUGGAGAACCAUAAACCUGUUUUCAAUAUGGGAUAUUUAACAGCCUGGCUAAUCCACAUCGGGGAAGCAUUAUAUGCCCUCAAGCUAUGCAAGAUGAAAGGCAUCACAGACCCUUCAAUUCAGUUUAGGUGGUUUGUUCAAACAUUUUUCUUUGGAAUAGCAUCUCUCUCCUAUUUGUUGGCCUACAACCCCCAGAAGAAAAGCCGGUGAAGGAUUCAGCCAGAAGAGAAGGUUCCAACACAUUCUAGCUUUGGGGUAUAUUUUUCAGCUAAAGGGAUGGAUGUAUUCCUAAAUAUUAUUUGUGCGUUCAAAAGUGUGGCAAUCUUCUCUUUCGCUUGGAAAGAGAAAUUUCUUUCAGACGUCUCCUCUGAAGGUUUUUGCAGCUGUGGGCAAAGCGAUGAAACUAGCUUGUGACAAUGGGGGAUGGAGCCUUUCUUUUUCGAUCAAGGAAAUAAAGCCAGUUCUUAAUGGUCAGGACCAAAAUGCCAACACUCACAAGAUAUAUCUGCACAGGACCAGUUUAAAAUAGGGGUGACAAACAGAGCAAGCCUCUUGUUUGUAGCACAGAACAACCCAUAGUCUCUACUUCUCAGGUCUAACAGUAGCCUUAUUCAUAAACUGAGCUGUAUUGAAGUGUGGUGAGGCAUCUUCCUCUGGGCCCAACUUGCGCCUGUCUGUUGCUCCCCUGGUUUUGCCUGCAUCCAUGGCUGGAUAGUCCUCUGUAAGUGAUUGUAUGGAUAGUCCCCUUCAUUUAUGAGCCUCUUUCUCCCCUCCCCCACCACCCUUUUUACAGGUGAGGAUUGCAGAUCUGUGAGCACUGAUCUCUACAUGCAGCCACACUAUGUCCAGGGUGUAGCUGUGACUGGGAGGCAAGGUGGCAUUUUCAUUCUCUGUCAUUUACACCAUAGACCAAUAGGGCUAAUGCUACUCCAUUAGUACUUUUAGCUAUGCUUAAUAAUAAUAAUAAUAAUAAUAAUAAUAAUAAUAUAAUGUACUAUUAAAAAGUAAUGUGCAACAUUGCAGAUUAUCCUUGUUGGACAUCCAGUUUUAGCAGGUGGCUUGGCUAACGUUUCUUCCCCUUUCUUGAGAAAUAAACCUCUUCUGUUCCUCACCAAGCUUCCCACCCAGAGUUUUAGCAGGGUUUAUCCGCAAGUAGAUGUGGUCAGCAUUGCAUCCUGAACAUCUUGCAGUCUUUCUCCACAAACUCUGCCACCACCCCUCUGAUUUAUGAUGGUCUACCAGCAGGUUUUGCUCUUACGUUUUCUUGGUGCUCUCUUAACAACCUGCAUGCAUUGCAAAGCACUUUAGUUAAUAACUGUGGCACUAAACUCUUGGGCAUGGCACAAGCUUUUCUUGAAGUGCAAAAAGGCUAUGAAAGAGAAAGCUGUGACCACAUAAGAACUGCAGUCAAGACCAAGAAACCCCACUGGGGCAGUUUUAUUUCUCAGAGAUCCAACUUGCUGUUAAAAGGUAGUUUUAAUUCUUUAGGGGAGAUGCCCCACCAAGAAAUACAUCAAAGCAGGUCUACUAGUUUCAAUGUGGGAGAAAGCUUUGCUCAUCCAAGCUGUGUUGUGACAGAGCUGUCUGUGGGGGAGGUUUAGAAACAGCACGUUAGUUGGAUUUGGAGGAAGUAGUUAACACUGCCUGAAAAGUAUUCUUUCUUUCCCCCUCUUUUUAUUUUUCUUUCUCUUCCUCUCUCUCUUUGUCUGUGUCAGAUGAGUGGGUGUCUAAUUCAUAGGUGUGUUUGGUAUCUGUAGUAUCUGUUUAGUAUCUCUUUAGAAGCCUACAUGCCACCACCCAGAUCUGAGAAAGGAAAAUUACUGGUGCUGUUUUUCCCUGGAUUGGCAUUGCUUGCCAAGGUGAAGUGGUUUACAAGAUUUUACCCUCUCUAGAGAGACUUUUCACUAGUGCAAGCUCGGGGGCAGAACGAGGGUGAGAAGCAAAGGGCACCAGCACGGAGCUUGAACAAACACCCCCAGCCCAUCAACUUUUUAGCAUUUUGUAUUAGUGCAGUGCAUUUUUACUGUAGUACACGCCAUUGUUAUCUUGGUGCAGGAGACAGGUCCACUGAUUCUGUGCCUGAGCAAAUAUAUAAAGCUUAGGACUCUCUGCCACAUUAGACCAUAGUUCUUGCCUUUGGUUUGGGCUUUUAAUACUUUUGAUGAUUUCUGCUGAAAUGCCCUAUAAUGUCUUUCAGACUCUUGUGUCUCAUUUGGAUUUAUUUUUAGACAGCUCUUAAGAAGGCUGCUGCUCAUAGUUUUAGCUCAGCAUUUUGCCUUUGUGCUUGAACACCCUGCAUAUUCUGCCAUGCUUUUUGUAUUGAGAAUCGCCUCUUUAACACAUUACGUUUUACCGGGUAUUGUCUGUAUGAUUAAAGGUGGCUUUUGCUGUU